UCUCCUCUCGGCCACCGUAUCUUCUAGAAAAAGUAGGACGUGCUCUUUCCAAGAUGGCGCUGCGCAUGGUAUUCUCUGCUGCCUUCCGAAAUGGGACAGAUUUAGGGGUCAAUAUUGUGAGGACAUUUGUCACUACAGCAUUCCUCUGCAGAAGGGUUCGUCCGUUGGGUCCAAUGCCAAAUGAGGACAUUGACACAAAGAGCCUGGAGUCAUUAAAGAAGUAUGGUAGCUACACUCAUUACUUCAAACAAGCCGAGGAGGCUAAGAACAAACCUGUGUGGUGGAAGACUUACAAGGGCUACAUGGACAAUGCUGAUCCAGAGCAUGGUGCUGAGAAAGUGGACAUUGGACUGCCAUAUGUCCGAUCCCACAGAAUCAAAGAAGUGAGGGAGAGGAGACAGAUGUUGAAGGACAAGAAGAAGAACGCUGAGCUGGAGAAGGCUUUUCGUCUGCGCACUUUUAAGAUCUCUGUGGAUCGAGUGCAGGAAACCUGGGAGAACGACGAACGUCCCCGUCAUGUCAAGAGGCUAGCUGAGCAUUAUGGGGUAUUCAGGGAUCUCUUCCCCAUGGCUUAUUUUCAACCUCAAGUCACACUCUGCAUCUGCCACAGCCAGGAGAACAGUAGUCAAGUGUAUUACGGGAAUCAGCUGACACCGACUGAAGUAGCAUCUGCCCCUCAGAUCAGCUUCAGUGCAGAGGAGGGCUCCCUGUGGACCCUCCUGCUCACCUGUCCAGAUGAGCAUCUUCUGGAUAAUGAGGCAGAAUACGUCCACUGGUUAGUAGGAAACAUCCCAGGUGGAGUAGUGCAGGCUGGAGAGGAGCUUUGCCACUACCUGCCUCCCUUCCCUGCCAGAGGAACAGGCUUCCACCGCUACGUUUACAUCCUCUUCAAGCAGGACGGACCCAUCAAUUUUCAGGACGAUGCCAGGCCAUCGCUGUGUCAUUCCUUGGUGGAUCGCACGUUUAAAACCAUGGAUUUCUAUAGAAAACACCAGGACAGCAUGACGCCAGUUGGCUUGGCCUUCUUCCAGAGCCAGUGGGAUGAAUCUGUCACGAACACCUUUCACAACACGCUCAACAUGAGAGAACCAGUGUUUGAGUUUGUCAGACCUCCGGUGUACCACCCUCCACAAGUCAAAUACCCCCAUCGACAGCCGCUACGCUACCUGGACAGAUACAGAGACGGGAAGGAACACACCUAUGGAAUAUACUGAUUGUAACACACAUGCACAGCAGAGGACAUCAAGAUUCAUAUUCAUGAAUAUGUGAAAUAAUGUUCAUCAUAUUUAUGUUUUAAUAGUAACAAUAAAGCAUUUUCAACUGUG